AUGUCUGCCACCAAUGAAUACACCCAGCCUCAUGUGUCGGCUACAGGCUACUUAGACGAUGGCGACCCCGUCUACGAGUGUCAAUUUUGUGGUGCCUUACUCUGGAUUGGCGAGCGCCUCAAGCGUUGCUCUUCUUCUGAAUACCCGCUUUUCUCAACCUGCUGUUGUCACGGCAAGGUUGUUGUGCCUUACCUUCAAACCCCACCAGAACAAUUCCGGCAGCUUUUCUUCCAGAAAGAACAUCCAAAAUCUAAAAACUUCUUGGCCAACAUAAGAGCAUACAACAAUAUGUUUUGCUUCACUUCCAUGGGAGGAAAGAUUGACCAUUCCCUCAACUCUCGCGGAGGUGGCCCCUACUCCUUUAUCAUGUCCGGCCAAAACUAUCAUCUCUUGGGAAGCUUAUUGCCACCUGAAGGAUGCCCUCCUGUGUACUCACAGCUCUAUAUUUACGACACGGACAAUGAAAUAAGAAACUGGAUGGCGGCGAUCAGGCACCAUCCAGACAAAUCAGGUGUUGACGAAGCCAUUGCUAUGGACAUUAAAGAUUGCCUCGACCAGCAUAAUGCCCUGGUCAAGAAAUACCGUAUGGCAUCGGAAAUCCUUCGCCAAGACAACACUGCCGAAGUCAGGAUACGCCUCCUCAGAGAAUCAACCAAUAGAAGCAGAAAUUACGAGCUACCAACGGCGUCGGAGGUAGCCGCGUUGAUAGUCGAAGAUUUUGAUGAGUCAUAUUCCAACAGAGACAUAAUCAUAGAAAAGAAAGCAGGCUCCUUGAAGCGCGUCCAUGAAUUACACAGGUCAUACUUGCCUCUUCAAUAUCCCCUCAUCUUCCACUAUGGCAAUAACGGAUUCAUACCGAAGACGAAACAUAACGAUGCAUCUCUUAUUAGCACUAGGAAGAAAAAGUACCUCACAAUAAGAGAGUACCUAGCUUUCAGACUGAUGGACAGAAAUAUAGAGGAGUCUGUGUUACUGCACUCAAAGAGGUUAUUACAGCAAUUCAUUGUAGACGGCUUCACAAUGGUUGAGAGUGAGAGGCUCGACUACAUAAGGAGACACCAGAGAGAGCUCAGGGUUGACCUAUACAAAGGACUUGCUGACGCAAUAACAAGGGGUGAGACAGAUGCGUCCAACACAGGAAAGAGGAUAAUCCUACCUUCUUCUUUUACCGGAGGUGCUAGAUACAUGAUCCAUAACUACCGGGAUGCAAUGGCCAUAUGCAGAUGGGCAGGAUACCCCGACAUCUUCUUGACCUUUACUUGCAAUCCGGCAUGGCCUGAGAUAACAAGAUUCUGCAAGAAAUACAACCUCAGCCCAUCUGAUCGACCCGACAUCUUGACGAGGAUGUUCAACCUCAAACUUGCAGCACUGAUGAAAUGCAUUAAGGAGCAAAAAAUAUUCGGCACAAUCAAAGCAGAGAUAUAUACAAUUGAGUUCCAGAAGCGGGGGCUGCCGCACGCACACAUUAUUUUGUUCAUAGAGCCGUGUGACAAACCCAAGACAGCUGAGGAUGUCGACAGAAUCAUCUCAGCAGAGAUACCUGACAAGGAUGCAGACCCGGUGCUAUUUGAGCUUGUCACCAAUUUCAUGAUGCACGGGCCCUGUGGCUGCUCCAAUCAGAAAUCACCUUGCAUGAAAGAUGGAAAGUGCUCAAAGUACUUCCCAAGAAGAUAUGCGCCACACACAACAAUAGAUGACGAUGGGUACCCCACAUACCGUAGGAGGAACAAUGGCAGAACAACUGUGAAGAGAGGAAUUCAGUUGGACAACAGAUAUGUCGUGCCGUACAAUGCUCAACUAUUACGGCUGUUCCAGGGCCACUUAAAUGUCGAGAAGACAAACCAAUCGAGGGCUAUCAAGUAUUUGUUCAAAUACAUCAGCAAGGGCCACGACCGUGUUAUAGCAGGUAUCUACCACAAUGAUGAGCUCGGAACCUCACGACCCGAUUUCGAUGAGAUCUCACAUUACCUUAACUGCAGAUACAUCUCAGCCUGUGAGGGCACGUGGCGAAUAUUCUCAUUCAACAUCCACCACAGGUACCCUUCUGUCGAGAGAUUGAGCUUCCAUCUACCAGAUCAACAGGCUGUUUUUUACACGGCCAACGACGAAAUGCCUUCACUGAUUGACAGGCCACGGGUGAAGGAGUCAAUGUUCCUCGCAUGGCUCGCCAAGAAUAAAAAAGACUCAUUCGCAAGGACCUUAACAUAUUCUGAGUUCCCACAGCAUUACACUUUUAAUAAGCAGAAGAGGGAGUGGAGGCUACGCCAGAGAGGCUUCUCUGUCGGGAGAUUGGCUCACGUAUCGCCAUCGCAGGGUGAGGCUUACUACCUCCGGGUCCUGCUGACUAAGACGAGAGGGCCCUUUAGCUACAAAGACAUUAGGACAGUAGACAACGUCGUCCAGCCAACAUUCAGGGCGGCAUGCUAUGCGCUAGGGUUGCUUCACGAUGAUCAAGAGUACAUCAACGCAGUAAAAGAGGCAGCAUUCUGGGCUACAGGUCAGUACCUUAGGAGAUUCUUCGUUAGCAUGCUCUUAUGCCACUGCUUAUCUGACCCCACUUCAGUCUGGGAGCAAACAAAGCAUCUCAUAUGUGAAGACCUUUUGUACAUACCGCGCCACGACCCACGACAUCAAGAAAUAUCAAUCACCGACUCAGAUAGGGAGGAGGCUGGACUUAUUGAGAUUCAGAGGCUGCUCCUUAAGAAUGGUAGGUCACUGGACGACUACCCAUCGCUGCCAAAACCAAGCUCCACUGAAUUCUUGGACACAACAAACAACUUGCUACUCCAGGAACUCAGCUACGACAGAGAUGCUUGUGCAGUAGACGCCGUAAGGUUAGCAGCAUCACUAACAGAUGAGCAAAGAAAGAUAUUCCACGAAGUCCCUGAUGCGGUCAGCAGGAACACCGGCGGGUUCUACUUCAUCUAUGGUUACGGGGGCACUGGCAAGACUUUCCUAUGGAACGCCCUGACCGUGGCUGUACGAGCAAAUGGCAGUGUGGUCAUCAACGUCGCAUCGAGCGGAAUAGCAGCGACUCUAUUGCCCUCAGGAAGGACUGCUCAUUCGAGAUUCGCGAUCCUAUCGACAUAA